AAAAAUCGCUACGAUUGAACGGUACAAGUUUUAUUGCUGCUGUUUGUCAGCAACUUUGUCCAUCGAAUUCGAUCGAAGAUACACAGCGCUGUGUGGACCAACACAAUAUUGGAAACCUAACACGUUUUUCAAGUGUUUCACAUAAAAAUAAGAAAAUAGAUCGCAACAACAACCACAUGAACUAUAAAACUUAACUAUAAAAACAAGAUUAAAAAUUCUGAUAGAUAAAAGACAAGAAAGUAGACACACGACCCAUUAAGUUUCGAACGUAAUUUUAAAAUCAAUUUAAAGUAAAAAGUUUUUGGUUUUAUUAAAUUUCAAAUUAAUUCUUUUGUGACAUUUUCUUUUAGAAUGUGGUAAAAGUAAGAAAAAAAAUUAAUAGAGACGCCAACGAUACGAUGAGAUACAGAGUGAAUACGCGACAAACGAACGAAUGAACGAAAAUAAACGAAGAGAAAUGAUAUAAAUAUAAAUGAUUAGUAUAGUGUGUGAUUCUUUUUUUUUCGCUCGAAAAUACAUAUGAUGCUGACCAGAUACGAAUAAUAAUUAUUUUCAUCGUUCGUUGUCUUAGUCGCUUGAUUAUUUGUUAUAUUUCGUAUGAUAUUCAUUCACGCGAGAAAGGAACACAGUGUUUCAUUGGUAAUAUAUGUUAUGUUAUUGGCCAGACUACCUUUUUUUUAAUUUCGUGGAUGAUUUCCCGCCCAGUGGAUAUUCUUUAACACAAAUAAACCGUAAAUAUUUAAACAAACCGAUACAAAUUAAUUUCCCCCGGCCUAAAUACACACACACGUACAAAAGAUAAAAUUGUGUGAUCAAAUCAACAAAAACGAAAGAGAAUUUCAAUUUUUACAAGAAAUAAGAUUAUAUUGGAUGUUUAUAAAAAUAUCCUUGUGUCGUAUGUUUGCCGUCGCAGCUUAUUUAUUUAUAUAUAGUUUCAUUGUGUGAUAUGAAAAUAGCGUUGAAUACAAGCGAGCGAGAGAAACGAACAGCGAUAUUUUGCAUUUUUAAUAAUAAUUUUUCGUGUGUGUGUUUUUAUUUAUUUAUUCAUACUUUGCUCACGGUUGGUGGUGAUCUUCCUCCUCGAAUUGGCUAUUAUUGUUGUUUUUGAUGACUCGUGUUGUUGAUCUGUUCGUGUGUAGAUUAUUUUCAGAACAGAAAAUGGUUCACAAAGAAAAUUUUAUUGUGCCACAGUCAUGUUAUGCGUAAAAGUUUUUGUGAAGGUAACUACGAAACGGAAGCACAUAUCCGAGUCAGAUUAAUGUGGCUCCUGAACACGACAGAAUAAGAGAAACCUUGCAAAAACAAUAGAAAACCAUCGUGAACAUUCAAAUUAAAUUAAAAUUCAAGUGAGCGCAAGAAUGGAAUGUUUUUGAAAAAUAACGAAAUGUAUCCGAAAUGAAACGAAACAAACCAAACUGUGUACUUGAUAAUAAAUAAUGCAAAAAUAAAAACAGUGUACUUGAUUCAGACAAUAACGGGGCUUACUUGUUCGAGUUAUAUGAAUUGAUGUAAAUUAUGAACAUUUUGUUGAAGUUAAUUAGCAUGGUGAAAUUGAAACGAAUAAUCAUCUGAAAUAAAAUGACCGAAAAUAAAUGAUGAACAGUUGCAACUUUACAAAAUAAGCCUUUGGCCGAAUUAAAAAAUUGCAUCAAUUUAAGGUCAAUCAUCACAUUUAAUGCGAACACAUUGCUAUAAUAAGUAAAAUUACAGUGAUCGACAAACCAAAAGAGAAGAAACUAGUGACUUUACGAAUUCCUCUUUCAUAAACCAGCAAUCAUAUAUCAACGCAAAAUACUUACGUAAACGAGAGAAAGAAAGCAUCGACCAGUACAGUGUCUAUAAACCGGCAUUAACAUAUACUUUUUCGUUCCAUAAACUUCUUCUUUUGCUUACUUAACGUCCAACAAUUGAACGGCAUACCAAAUAUGAGCAAGAAAUGCGGGCCAACAUGAAUGCACAAAAUUGCAUUUAGCAACGAGAGAAUUUGUGCUUCGCAUUGACGAUCGAUACGAAUUACAAUAUUUUGGAAUGAGAACAACUGAUGAAGAAAGAGGCGAGAAUCAGUGAAAACAGUCGAAACACGCAAAAAAAUUCGUAAGGACGAAUAACGAAUAAAACAAGCGCGUAGUUGGUUCGUUCGUGCCUGUUACUUGUAGUUUUGCUUGCGGACACUUUUUUACAACACAAAAAAUAUGUCAGAUAAAACCAGUUUUUUGUAGACACACCAGCGUUUCUGUUGUUUUAUGUUAUCUCGUGGUGAUUGUCAAAGUGCUGGAUGGUUUCGGUUUCGGUGUACCAUAUUUCCAGUGUUGCAUACAGCUGUUGUUUCGAUGCAUUGAGCUACCAUCGAACUGAACGCACUUGGUCGCAUUAAUUGUAAUUUUUGGUGUUCCGCAUGUUCGUGGCUGCUUUUAUGGCAUGCAUUCAUUAAUAACAUUAUUAACAUCAGACUAAAGUGAAAUUAUGGACCAUGGUUAUGUCGCCAGAGAGGAUUUUCAUUGAACUGAAAAGCAAAAAACCAACACUGAUAAAAAUAAAAUGAAAUUGUCACUACGAUGCACACAAAGUUUGAACAAUGAUUGCAGAGUGUCAAUGUUGUAGUUUCGAAGUGUUGCUUUCUUUUUAGUGUGAUAACAAAAAAAAAGAGUGCAAGUCAUGUUCAGAUUCAUUAUGAAUCUCUGACUGAACACGAUAAAACUUGGUGGUGACUAUUUGAAAGGAAAAGAUAACGAGACAAAAAAUACUAAUUAAAAUUACGAUCACGCUGUUGUUUUAAAUGGUUUUGUUCGGAUAAAAUAUAUAUUUUUAUUUUUAUUCGUUUUUCUUGCGGAAUAAUUGAUAAAUUUGCUGGUGAUUCGACGUCAAUAUGAAUGAAAAAAAAAACAAACUCAUUUUCCGCCAUUAAAUCGAACAAAAGCGGACAUCCCUCAUAAGUUUUUGCUUCUUCUUGUUUGUGUAUAUGCAGCAAAAUCCAGUCAAAUAAAGCGGUUGGAAAUUACUUUUGACAUUUACAACGACGUCACCGGGAAAUGCGAGCAAACCGGGCUCGUCAAAACACAUUGCCAAUUCAAUCAUUGCAAAAUGAUUAAUGAAGAUUUUACGCUCGAAACCUUCUCAACUCAUACCUAUACACAAUAAAUUUUAUGCGAAAAAGAAUUAGCGGUGAGCCGGCCUACAAAUAAAAGCUGAAAUUGAAAACCGUGAACAUUAAUUAAAAUCUAGUCAAUUCAUUCAUUGUUGUGGUGAAAUCAAUAUAAUUACAAUGUGCCCUAAAUUAAAAUAGUUUCGAAAAUGAAAGCGUUAAAAAGUAAUUGUGUUGAUUGUGAUGAAAAAUCUGAGCAAACAAAAACAUGAAUUGUGAAGAAUAAAAAAAAAACAUUGAAAUUUGAAUGGUGAAAGGAAAAUUUGUUAUUUAAACAUUUUAAAAUAGGCAAUUUGAAAGAGACUAAAAGACAGCUCAGCCAAAAUGUUUGAAACGCAGACUCCGAACUUCACGGGAAGUUCGAGUUUUGAUAUACUGAAUACGGUAAUGGAUCCCUAUGCCCAGGUCACCGACUGUCAACGCCAACACACAAUGUACGAACACUUGGAUCUGUUUUUUAAUCACUUAAAUGGUGUGAAUUCGACACAAAAUUUAUCGGCAUUAUUAAAACAUGAUCCAUGCUAUUCUCCAAUAUUUGAAACAAAUAUGACCGUAUCAUCAUCAUCUUGGAUCAUUGACUUUGACUUCUGGUGCAGCGGCAUUUUAAUAAAUUUAGUCGGCAUGGUUGGCAUCCUCGGAAAUUCAUUAUCGCUCAUCAUUCUGUCACGGCCACAAAUGCGAUCGAGCAUUAAUUAUUUACUUAUUGCGUUGGCACGUUGCGAUAUCAUUUUAAUUAUUACAUCGAUGUUUCUGUUUGGAUUUCAUUCAAUUUAUCCAUAUUCAUUUUAUGACGACACUGGAGGCAGUAUGUUUUGGUUUCGAUACACAUACAACGUAUAUCCGCGCAUCAUUAAAUACCUGUUUACAUUGGCGGUAAUUGCACAGACGGCAAAUUGUUAUUUAACACUGCUGGUCUCUUUGGAGCGGUUCGUCGCUGUAUGCCAUCCUCUUAGGGCGCGAGCACUGUGCACGUAUGGCCGAUCAAAGUUCUAUGUGAUUUUUUGUACGGUCGUUGCGGUAUUGUAUAAUUUGAUUCGUUUUGAGGAAAUCGAGUCAUGCGGCGAUCAACAUCCUGAUUAUGGCCAAAUCUAUUGUACGCGAAUGACACCGUUACGAACGAGUACUGCCUACAUCAAGUAUUAUAUCCAUUGGAGCGCAUUAGUUGUGAAUCACAUAAUUCCAUUCAGCGGUUUGCUCAUAUUCAAUACAAUGAUUUAUGCACAAGUGCGUAAAGCGAAUCGUGAACGACAAAUGUGGUCACGAACUGAACGUCGUGAAAUUGGUUUGGCAACAAUGCUUCUAUGUGUCGUUGUGGUGUUCAUUUUAUUCAACUCAUUGGCACUAUAUGCAAAUUUUGUUGAAGCAUUCUUCGAUGAAAUCCCAUUGGAAAUUGUCAUAAUUUCGAAUUUACUUGUGACAUUAAACAGCAGUGUUAAUUUUAUAAUAUAUGUGAUAUUUGGUGAAAAAUUCAAACGAAUAUUCCUGCAGUUAUUUUGCGAGGGACGUAUCGGUCGCGAAUCACCCGACGGUAUUGUACAAGAGGACAGCUCAUACUCCAAUGGAGAUGGAAAUCGAAGCAGCAGUCGUCUGUCGCGACACGGUACGCAACGAACAAGUCUCAAUCUUCGAAAUGGAACAAGUUUAAAAAUUAAACGCAUUAAUCGAAUUCGUGCACCGACACAGGAUCCGUGCGUUUAUUAUCCAGCCCGCGAUAUCUCACGCACCACGGAAAUUACAAAGCUCGGCGAUAAAAACGGUAACAUCACAUCGGAUUUACUGUAAACAUCGUCAAUUAUUGAUGCAUUUGAUUGAAUUUGAAUAAAAUAGAAAUAAAACGAUAACAAACAUUAAAUCACCCAUGGAAAAUAAUAUUAUAUCAAAAUGAUGUGCACGGUAAACGUUCCAUGCUCAAUAUGGACGAGAAAUAAUAUUAUUAUUAUAUAUAACGAGAGAUAAAGAGUGAGAGAGACAUGAUAGUAUUUAUCGAAUACAACAACCAGUAUCAAUUAAAUGUGUUGCUAAUUGAAUGUGUAUUACAUUGGAUAGCUACUCUCUCUUUUCCACUAAAUUUCACAUUGAUAUCAUGUCAUUUUCUCAUGGGCCUCAUAGUAGCAUCCCUACGAAUAAAGACUUCAAUUUUCAUAUAAAAAUCAUAGUCAACAUGAAAUGAUAUACUAUAAUUAAUAUUCUAGAUACACUUAAAUUAGAAGUAAUUUGUAAAUCGUGACUCAACAUGAUUUAAUUUGGUAAAUGAGCAAAAUUUCGAUGAAAUGAGAGUAAAUGUUAGGACGAUACCGAUGACCGAUCGAAAGAUACCAUGGAAUAAUGUUUCUGUUUUUUGAUUGAUUAGACGUUUUGAUAAGUUCACGAUUUUCUAGAAUAAAUCACUUGUUUUAAUUUUUCGUUUUCCAAAUUCAAAUGUUAUGUGAAAAAGAGAUUUUAAAAACACAUAUUUUACCAAAGAUAAUUUAUGCUAUGUAAGAAAACGUGACAACCUUUUUAUGAAAAGGUUUAGAUUAUUUAGAUAAAAGCGGACAUAAAGAGCUCUGAUAUCAAUUUUAUUUAGAAAAACAAUGUAACAUAGACGUUUAAUCGAACCGGCAUACAUUUCAAGUUUCAAUUUGAUGGAAUUUUUGUCUAUGUUUGCACACAACAAAAGAAAGAAAUUCAAUUGUAAAUCUGGUUGAAACUUGUUUGCAAAGGAAGUAUUUGCUCAAAUCGUUGAGUACCUAUAUGAAGAAUUUUUUUUUAGAGAAAUCCUUUGAAAUUAUAGAUCAAAUGAUGUUGAAGCAUAAAAUAAAUAAUAACAAAGAGAAAAAAGUCCAUUCCUUUUCCGAGAAUGGUUCUUGUUAAUAUUAAACCCACCUCUAACGGAAUAGAAAAUAAAAGAAUGACUCUUUUGUUCUUUAUCAUAACUUAACAUUCAACGGCUCCAUCAAGAUGGUGCCAAUUCGUAGUCACAGAUGUUACAAUCGAAACCAUUAAUCUUCACACAUUUUAUACCCUUUGAACAAUUGUGAAAUAAAAAGGCGCGCGCGCACACACAUACGCGUGUGUUUUUAAAACAAGACAUUGAAUUUAAAUGAGCAAGAAAACUUUGAUGUGAUGUGAAUGCAUAAAAUGCUUUCCAAAUAAUGCAAUUCCGUCACAGUUCCAUAACAAUAGUUCCAUGUCGCCCGAUAUGUAUUCAACAGCAUUCACAAACUAAACAAAUUUAUCAAUCCUUAUAAAUGUUUAGCAUCUAAUAAAUUCAUAAAUGUUUCGUCUUUCGUGUUUGUUGUAAAAUUUGAUAGGCCAAACAAAUGAAAAUAAAAACCAACCGAAUUAUUAAGCGUUUUAAAGACUCACUCAAAACAUUUAACUUUUAAAAAAACAUAGCUUACAAUUGACAUAGAUAUUACAUUGACAGAAUUUUGAAACAAAAAAAGCACACAUUUUAAAAAAGCUCAAAUCUAAAUAUAGAUGUUUUUAAUCCGUCUGAAUGGUCCGCAAUUAACAAAAAUAAAUAUCCAGUUUAAUAUUUGAAAAAGUAAAAAAAAAAUAUCACGUCAAAUAUGAAAAGAGAAAAAAGGAAUCAAAAAGGUGGUUGUGCAAAGAGUAGCGUUAUGUAUAGAGAUGUGUUUAAGUUGAAGUGCGAGUGAGAAAUAGAAAAAAACAUCUAAAGUGGAAAUGUCGAAAGAACUUUUUCUCAUUUGCAAAUAUGUACACGAUCAAAAUG